AUGAAGCUCUCAGAACGUACUGGGGGUUUAGGUCUUCCCCGUGGAGUCCCGUUCCACCCUGGGGGAGCCAGAGGCAGCUUGUGCGUGGCAGCCCCGUGCAUGGGAGACGGGAUCCCGGAGGUUGAGCGAUGCCGGAAUGAGACCCCCUCGGCUAGCAACCGCCCUUUUGGGCCUCUAUUCCCGGGAAGACAGGCGGGCCCGAUUGUGGCCGGUAGGUCAAAACGGCGGUCUCCCCGGGAGGGGCAAACUCAGCUGCCGGGUACUCACACUGUCCCUGAGUCCGGUGCAAAAGGCCCAGACCACGGGAGCCACCCUGAAGCCAUUUUGCCUCCGGGGGGCAAAAGAAAACCCCCGGGACAGGAGACACUGUCACCCUGCUCCAAGAGGCCAGACCCCGGGGAGGAAGGUUCUGAGUACCCCUCAGACGCCCCCCCGACCGAAACGGCAGCCCAGCGGAAAAAACCCAAACGCGGGCCCCCUGAGCAAGCCCCAAAGCCCAAAGGGGGGUCCGAAACGCCGAGGCCGGGACCGACUCGAGGGGGAGUCGGACCCCCCAAGGGGUUUCCCCAGUUCAAGGUACCCGCAAACCCGAAGGGGUUCGACCCUGCCUACCAAAAG